CCUCAUAAACAAGGGAUAAAGUUCAAACCCAAAAGACCACAAACCUCGUCCAUGGCUGCCUCAUCAUCUUCUUCAAUCUCCAACUUCCUCUCCUUCCUCCUUCCCUCUAAACCACCCCUCCCCAAAACCCCGCCUCCCAAUUUCAUCUCUCCUCCUCCCCACGCUGAUCCUCUUCCCACCCUUUCCGUUUCAGCACCGCCCCCCUCCCAAUUCGACGCUCGGACACCCAGAGAUGGGCUGCUUCAGCGCUCUUCUUCCUCCGAUUUGAUGGCCGUUGUGUGCCCAUCUCUUGCAUACUCCAACACCCUUUUCUUCAAGUCGGCCUACAAUGUUCAGGUUAUUGUGGAAGACAAUGAGCCGGAGGAGAAGCUCCUGAACCGGUUCAGGAGAGAGGUGAUGAGGGCUGGUGUUAUUCAAGAGUGCAAGCGCAGAAGGUUCUUUGAGAAUAAGCAGGAUGAGAAGAAGCGCAAGACCCGCGAGGCUGCUAAGCGUAAUCGAAGAAGGCGCCCCCAAUCAAGAUUUUCAACACAAGAUAGCAAGCAAGAAGGCUCCAAGAACAAGAAGGAUGAUGACGAAGAAGAUAACUGGGAAGUUCCUGAAGGAGACCUUCCUUUUUGACCGCCCUUGGCUCUCCUUUUUCCCUUGUUGGUUUCCUUUUUAAUUGUGGCUUUGUGACAGGCAGUUGGUUCAUGAAAGUGUCAUUGGAGACUCAUGUUCUUUAAUAUGCCCAGUAAAUGACUCCUUUUUUUCUUUAUGCACUGCAAAGUUUGUAGCUUUCAUCCAGAAUUUGAAUGCAAAGCACUUGUACUGCAGGGUAGUUCUGAUUUA